UCAACGGACGAGGACGUCGUCAAGGUGUCGGACCGCUGUGACUACGUGUAUGUGAACGGUAAGGAGCAGCGGGGGCGAGUGCGGAUGGCGGUCAACUUCACCUACAGCUACCUGAGCGCCCAGCUGGACAUGAGUGUGUGGGUCCCACGCCUGCCCCUGCAGAUCGAGCUCUCCGACAACGAGCUCAGCCAGAUCAAGGGCUGGAGGAUCCCCAUACAGGCCAGCAGCAGCCAGCGCAGGUCUGCGCGGGACAGCGAGGACGAGGAGGAGGAUGAGCGGCGGGGGCGUAGCUGCACCCUCCAGUACCAGAAUGCAAUGCUGCGCGUGCUCACGCACUUCGUGGCCGAGUCGGCGGAGGCCCGCGGUCAGCUGACCUACAUGCUGGGCUCUGAUUGGCAGGUGGACAUCACCGGGCUGGUGUGGGACUUCCUGAAGGUGGAGGACCCGCGCAUCGUCCGGCUGCAGGAGGGACGCAGGCUGGUGGGACUGGACGCAGGCAUGACAGGCAUACAGGUGCUGUCCCCGCUGUCGGACUCCAUCCUGGCGGAGCGCACGGUGCGGGUGCUGGAGGAGCGGGUCAGCAUCACGGAGCUCGGGCUGCAGCUGCUCAGCGGCCUCUCGCUCAGCCUGCAGCUCAGCCCGGGCAGCAACAGGGCCGUCCUCGCCACGGCAACCACGCAGGAGGAGCUCAGCAGCCCCAAACAGGAGGCGCUGGUCAGCGUCUGGCUGCAGUUCAGCGACGGCUCGGCGGCGCCCCUCGACCUCUACGACCCCGGGAGCUUCCAGCUGAGCGCCACGUCCCUGGACGAGUCGGUGGUGGAGGUCCAGAGCCAGACGCGGUCGCCCGGUAGCGGAUCCUCGCGCCACUGGCCGGUGAUCGCGGCGCGGGGAGAGGGCCAGGGCCCGCUGCUGAGGGUGGAGCUGAGCGCGGCCGAGACGUGCCAACGCUACAAGCCCCGCCGCGCGGGCACGCUGGCCUCGGGCACGUGCCAGGUGCGCGUGCGUUACGGACCGCCCGAACCCCCCAAGGGGGCGGAGGACGCCAGCCGGGCCGGCGGUGGAGGUGGAGGUGGCAGAGGCGGAGGUGGUGGGAGUCGAGGGCCCCCCAUGAACCGGCCGCCCCAGCGGAGGCCCCCGCCCGUGGCUUCGGCCAGCGUCCACUACGGCAGCUCAGUGUCCGACGCCGGCGACGCCAUCAUGAGGCGCCUGGGCACCACCGCCGCCUCCACCACCAGGACUGACAUCCUACGGAGGCCCGGAGGGGACAAACUGUCCGACGAUGGCAGCCAGCUACCCAUAGACUUUGCUGACUUCCCAGCACAGGUGGACGUUCCACGAGGGCGUAACAUGGACGGCGAGGAUGACGAGGGCCUGAGCGACGAAGACCUGCUGCAGUCGGCGCGGGGCCUGAGCGACCUGGAGAUCGGCAUGUACGCGCUGCUGGGCGUCUUCUGCCUGGCCAUCCUGGUCUUCCUCAUCAACUGCGUCUCGUACGCCCUCAAGUACCCGCACAAGGAGCUGGGCGCCGAGGAGGGGGGUCUGGAGGGUGGCGCGGCGGGACCCCACGCCCACGACUGGGUCUGGCUGGGCAGCGAGUGCGGCACGGAGCUGGGCCUCUCCGCGCACCGCGACGAGGACAUGGGCCUGGGCGCGCUGGUGAUGGACAGCAGCCUGGGCGCGCUGGAGGAGGGCAGCCAGCUGCUCAACGGCGGAGGGGGCGUGGCGGUGGUGGUGGGGGGCAGCAUCAGCGUCGUCCCGGGGAUACAGAAGCACGCGCAGAUGGGGCAGAUGGGGCAUCGUUCGCCCGACGCCGGAUGCGGCCAAGCGGGCAUCCAGGCGGGCGGCAAGGAGGCCAAGGGGGAGUCGCCGACCAGCAAGAGGAAGCGCGUCAAGUUCACCACCUUCAGCACGGCGGCGGAGCGCGGAAGCCCCGCCAGCGAGAGCGUGGGGUCGGGGUCGGGGUCAGGGUCGGGGACGGGGUCGGGGUCGGGCGUGGGAGGGGACAUCCAGUGGGUGUGUCGGGACGUGGAGCUCAACGACUCCAAAGAGCUGCGGAACUAUAUGGAGCGACUGAGCGACGGCGUGCUGAGAGACGUGGUCUAG